AUGAAUGAAGCCGAUGUGGUGUGUCGGCAGCUGGGCUGUGGGCGUGCCCUUGAAGCCCCCACUGAGGCCCGAUUUGGCGAAGGCGCGGGCAAGUAUCUGCUGGAUGAUUUGGACUGUACUGGAAGAGAGCGGUUUCUGGGACAGUGCCCUCACGCGGGGUGGUCUCUCAAUAACUGUGGUCCUGGAGAAGACGCCAGCGUGGUCUGUGCAGAAACCUGGAUGGAGGUGAGGCUGGUGAACGGCACAGGAAGGUGCUCAGGCCGAGUGGAGGUCCUCACCCAUGACACGUGGGGGACCGUGUGUGAUGACCUCUGGGACCUGGCCGAGGCCACCGUCGUGUGCCGCCAGCUGCAAUGUGGCCAGGCCGUGGGAGCCCCCACAGGGGCCCACUUUGGGGCAGGUUCUGGGAAGAUCCUGCUGGAUGAUGUGCAGUGUGUGGGCAGUGAGAGCCACCUCGGGCAGUGUGUGCACAAGGGCCAAACUGGACUCAACUGUGGGCACCUGGAGGACGCCAGUGUCAUCUGCACAGGGGGCUGGGUGGAGGUGAGGCUGGUGAAUGGCACAGGAAGGUGCUCAGGCCGAGUGGAGGUUUUUGACCAGGACACGUGGGGGACUGUGUGUGAUGACCUCUGGGACCUGGCAGAUGCCACCGUUAUGUGCCACCAGCUGCAGUGUGGCCAGGCCAUGGGAGCCCCCACAGGGGCCCACUUUGGGGCAGGUUCUGGGAAGAUCCUGCUGGAUGAUGUGCAGUGUGUGGGCAGUGAGAGCCACCUUGGGCAGUGUGUGCACAAGGGCCAGGCCGGACUCAACUGCAGGCACCUGGAGGAUGCCGGUGUCAUCUGCACAGGAGGCUGGGUGCCCAUGCGACUGGUGGGAGGCCAAGGGAGCUGUGCUGGCCGAGUGGAACUUCUCUACCAGGGAGCCUGGGGAACCAUAUGUGAUGACCUGUGGGGUCUGCAGGAAGCCAACAUUGUCUGCAGGCAGCUGGGCUGUGGUUGGGCCAUAUCGGCCCCUGGCGAGGCUCACUUUGGGGAAGGUGCUGGGAAAAUCCUCCUUGACAACGUGCACUGUACAGGUGAUGAACAGCACCUGGAAGAAUGUUCCCACGUUGGCUGGUUUUCCCACAACUGUGGUCACGGUGAAGAUGCUAGUGUGAUCUGCUCAGCCUCUCCUUCCUUACCAACUACCUCGACAUCUGACACCUGGCCAGAGAUGCGGCUGGUGGGCGGCUCGGGUCGUUGCUCCGGCCGCGUGGAAGUCCUCCACCAAGGAGCCUGGGGCACCGUGUGCGAUGACUUGUGGGACCUGAACGAAGCUGAGGUGGUGUGUCGCCAGCUGGAGUGUGGCCGGGCCAUCUCUGCCCUUGGGAAGGCCCACUUUGGUCCUGGCUCCGGGGACAUCUUCUUGGACAACCUCCAGUGUGCAGGUGUGGAGCGUUAUCUGGGCCAGUGUGCCCACUCGGGCUGGUCAGAACACAACUGUGGCCACCACGAGGACGCCGGUGUCAUCUGCUCAGGUAACCUCCCCUCUCGGACCGUCGCCUCCUCAACCUCACGGGCAACUGUCUGCCAGGCUCUGAGCCUUCUUCCCGAUUAUUGUCCUCUGCCUACAGGGGACUGGUCGGAGCUGCGGCUAGUGGGUGGCUCAGGUCGAUGCUCAGGCCGUGUGGAGGUCCUCCACCAAGGGAACUGGGGCACCGUGUGUGACGACCUGUGGGACCUCCGUGAGGCUGAGGUCGUGUGUCGACAGCUCGGAUGUGGACAGGCCAUCUCUGCCCCCAGCGAGGCCCACUUCGGCCCAGGCUUGGGGGAUAUCCUCCUGGACAACCUCCAGUGCUCAGGGAUGGAGCGAUGCCUGGACCAGUGUGCCCACUCGGGCUGGUCAGAGCAUAACUGUGGCCACCACGAGGAUGCCGGCGUCAUCUGCUCAGGUAACGACCCCCGUCGGGCUGCUAAUGAGCCGGUGCUGCGGUUAGUGGAUGGCUCAGGUCGAUGCUCAGGCCGCGUGGAGAUCCUACACCAAGGGGCCUGGGGCACCAUAUGUGAUGACCUGUGGGACCUAAGUGAAGCCGAGGUCGUGUGCCGCCAGCUUGGGUGCGGACGGGCCAUCGCUGCCCCAGGAAAGGCCCACUUUGGCCCUGGCUCCGGAGACAUCCUCUUGGAUAACAUUCAGUGUUCGGGAAGUGAGAGCCACCUUGGCCAGUGCCCCAGCUCGGGCUGGUCAGACCACAACUGCGGCCACCAUGAGGAUGCCAGCGUCGUCUGCUCAGGUAGCCUCUUCUCCCAUCCCAGGACAUCUGCUAUUUCAGCCACGGAUCCCUUGUCUGUUCUUGCAGGAGGAAGCAGCUCUUGUGGUGGCGUCAUCUCCAGCCUCUCGGGCUCCUUCUCCAGCCCUUGGUACCCUACGAACUACCCCACUGAUGUCGAGUGUGUCUGGGUGAUCCACGUACCUGAGACCUUCCGCAUCGAACUGAUGAUUCCAGCUCUGAUAUUAGAGGACAUCUACGGGUGCCCUUAUGACUUCAUUGAAGUGUUUGAUGGCCGGCAAGUGGGCUCACUCUCCCUGGGCAGAUUCUGUGCUGGGGUUGAACUCACCUUCCUCUCCUCUUCAAACGUCAUGACCACGGUGUUCAGGAGCGACGCCAUGAUCACCAGCAAAGGGUUUCUGGCCCUGUACAAGGCCCUCCCGCAAGAUGCGGACAGCAGUGAUAUGUCUCUGCGACUGGUGAAUGGCAGCCACCGGUGUGAGGGCCGGGUGGAAAUCUCCUACAAUGGCACCUGGGGCACCGUGUGUGACGACAGCUGGGACCUGAGUGACGCCGGAGUGGUUUGCCAGCAGCUCGGCUGUGGCGAGGCUCUGUCGGCCCCAGCUCAGAGCUACUUUGAUGGCGGCACCGGCCACAUCAUGCUGGACGAACUGCAGUGCGUGGGCAACGAGGCCAAGGUGUGGCAGUGCCCACACAAUGGCUGGUUCUCCCACAACUGUGGUCACCACGAGGACGCCAGCGUGGUCUGCUCAGGUGAGCGCGGGGCACACAGCCAGGAGGGGAAAAGUCCACCUGCAGGCAGCGUAUCUGAAAGGAAUGUGGCCCUCCGGCUGAGCAAUGGCAGCCACCGCUGUGAGGGGCGCGUGGAGCUGUUCUACAACGACACCUGGGGGACCGUGUGUGACGACAGCUGGGACCUACGUGAUGCCCACGUGGUGUGUCAGCAGCUGGGCUGUGGCAAGGCGGUGUCAGCCCUCGGGUGGGCAUACUUCGGCCGUGGCCUGGGACCCAUUGCCCUGGAUGACGUUGAGUGUGUGGGGAAUGAGGCCAAGCUAUGGCAGUGUCUGCACAGUGGCUGGUUCUCCCACAACUGCGGCCACCAUGAGGAUGCUGGCAUCGUCUGCUCAGGUGGCUCGGCCUCUGCAGGUCUGGGCCUGCGGCUGGCCAAUGGAUCCAACAGAUGUGAGGGCCGAGUGGAGGUCUACCACGCCGACACUUGGGGCACCGUGUGUGAUGACAACUGGUCCAUCCAGGAUGCCCACGUGGUCUGCAGGCAGCUGGGUUGUGGCCUAGCUGUUUCUGCCCUCCCGGGAGCAAGUUUCAGCCCCGGGACCGGGCACAUCCUCCUGGAUAAUGUCAACUGCACAGGAAAGGAGUCCUCCAUAGAGCAAUGCCCACAUGAUGGCUGGUUCAACCACAACUGUGGGCACCAGGAAGAUGCUGGUGUCAUCUGUUCAGAUCUGCCCGAGGUGAGGCUGGCCGAUGGGAAGAGCAGGUGUGAGGGCCGCGUGGAGCUCCGCCACAACGACACCUGGGGCACUGUGUGUGACGACCUCUGGGGCCUGGCCGCAGCCCAGGUGGUGUGCCAGCAGCUGGACUGUGGGGCAGCCCUGGCAGCCCCAAGGAACGGUUUGUUUGGCCCUGGCUCGGGCCCCAUCAUCCUCGACAAUGUGCAGUGUACUGGCAAUGAAAGCAACCUUGGGCAGUGCCACCACCUGGGCCUCCUCGUCCACAACUGUGGGCACCAUGAGGACGCCGGGGCCGUCUGCUCAGACUUGCCUGUCAUCAGAUUGGUGGAUGGGAGCAGCCGGUGCGAAGGGCGAGUUGAAGUCUACCAUGACGGAGCUUGGGGAACCGUGUGUGAUGACCUCUGGACCACCAGUGCUGCCCACGUCGUGUGCCGGCAGCUGGACUGCGGGGCGGGCAUCAGUGCCCUGGGGAAUGGCCACUUUGGGGCCGGUGUAGGGAGCAUCUUGCUGGAUGACGUGCAGUGCCAAGGCACCGAGAACACGCUGGGCCAGUGCCAACAUCGGGGCUUGUCCAUCCACAAUUGCGGCCAUCAGGAAGAUGCCGGGGUCAUUUGCGCAGGUGAGGCGAGAGGACUGGAGCUCAGAGGCUGGGAGACCUGGGGGGCACGGGAAGAAGGCUUGCCUGGACAGCAGGACACCGUGGCUGGCCAGUCCUACUGCUCAGAGGAGGAGGAGAUGAGGAAGAAGACGGAGAUGAAACUGAUGGAGGAGGAGGAGGAGAUGAGGAAGAAGACGGAGAUGAAGACGAUGAAGGAGAAGGAAAGGGAGAAGACGAGGAAGAAGACGGAGAUGAAGAUGGUGAAGGAGGAGGAGAUGAGGAAGACGGAGAUGAAACUGAUGGAGGAGGAGGAAAAGGAGAUGGAGAAAAUGAAGAAGGAGGGAACGAGGAAGAAGAUGAAGAUGCAAAUGAUUCAAGAGAAGGGGAAAAUGAAGAUGUUGAAGGAGACGGGGGAGAGAGAGAAAAGGGGAAAGGAGGACAUGAAAAUGACGAAGGAGAUGAGGAAGAAGAAGACGGAGAUGAAGAUGCUGAAGGAGGAGAAAAAGGAAACGAUGAGGAAGAAGAAGACGGAGAUGAAGAUGCUGAAGGAGGAGAAAAAGGAAAAGAUGAGGAAGAAGAAGACGGAGAUGAAGAUCACCCAAGACCUGCCCCUGCGCCUGGCAGAUGGAUGGAGCCGGUGCCAGGGCCGCGUGGAGGUUUGGCACCAGGGCGUGUGGGGCACCGUGUGUGAUGAUCGCUGGAACAUGAGGAACGCCAGGCUCGUGUGCCGCCUGCUGGGCUGUGGCCCGGCAAUGGCUGCUCCGGGGCAUGGCCACUUCGGCCGGGGCUCAGGGCCCAUCCUGCUGGAUCAGGUGCGCUGCCUGGGCAAUGAGGUGUCCCUGGAGCACUGCGCUCACUCGGGCUGGGCUCGCCACAACUGCCGUCACAGCGAGGACGCGGGCGUGAUCUGCGCAGCCCAGCUCUCCUGCCUGCCGGACCUCUUCCAAGCCAUCAUCGACCGAGGCUAUCUCCGGAGGCUGGGCUACUCUUCCUGGGACAUUCACCUAAAUGACGAGCGGUGUCGCCCCCAAGUCACAGGCCGCUACCUGAUCUUCAACAUUCCCUAUGGCCACUGUGGCACCAUCUGGCAGAACCACCGUGGCUCCCGCAGCUACUCCAACUCCGUCCGAGGCCGCCUCCGAGACCACCCGGGCCGGGUCAUUGUGCGACACAAGGUGCCUGAGCUCAAGUUCACCUGCACGGUGGACAGCUCCUCCGUGGGUGAAAGCGCUCACGGGGCUGACAGUCGGGGCAAGGGGGCCAAGUACGACAUGUCCAUCACGUUCCUCCAGUCACCCACGCCCGCUCCCGGUGAGGCAGUGAGACCAUACUCGGACAGACAGAAGAAGGAGGUCUUCCUGCAGGCUGCGCUCCACAGCCACGACCCCAGCCUGCUGCUCUUUGUGGACACCUGUGUGGCAUCUCCGGACCCCCAGGAUUUUACAACCGUCAAGUACGCGUUGAUCGAGCAGGGGUGCAUCAAAGAUGAAACCUACGCCAACCUCCACCCCAGUCAGAAACACGUGGCCCAGUUCAAGUUCAACGCCUUCCACUUUCUCAGCAGCUACGAGGUGGUCUAUCUGCAGUGUAAGAUCGCCGUGUGCAAAGUGGGCGACGCCUCCUCCCGCUGUGCCCGGGGCUGUGCGGGGCGGAGGAAGAGGGGCGCUGGCCCCCAGGCACCCACAGAAGUGGGGCCAGAGCACUUCCACAUCGUGGGGCCACUGGAGAUCCAAACACCCCCAAGACCCCAAGAACAACCUCCUUUCUUUUAG